AGGGCGGUGCAACAACGCGGAGUCGGUCUGGGAGAGCAGCUGAGAACAGAACAGGGCUGGUAUGUUGUUUUGAAUUUGCUGGAAGACACCGACCCGAGGAAGAGGAGGAGGAGGAGGAGAAGGGGGGGCAGGGCCCACGUUGAAGAUGGCGGAUGUAGAAGGAGACGAAACUCGCCCGACUCUCCCUUCGGUACCUCGUAAUGGACCCACUGUCGGUUUGGCGGUCGGAACCGCGGGCCAGAGCGCAACCACGGUGACGUCAGGUCCGAGGGUAGUGAGGAUUGUCAAGUCGGAAUCGGGCUACGGUUUCAAUGUCCGUGGCCAAGUCAGCGAAGGGGGGCAACUGCGAAGCAUCAACGGAGAACUGUACGCACCUCUUCAACAUGUCAGCGCCGUUUUGCCUGGGGGGGCAGCUGACCGUGCCGGCAUCUCGAAGGGGGACCGGAUCCUAGAGGUUAAUGGGGUGAGUGUUGAGGGUGCUACCCAUAAGCAGGUGGUGGACCUGAUUCGAGCUGGGGAGAGGGAGCUGGUUCUGGCCGUGUUGUCUGUACCACCCCAGGAAGCGGAUGGUUUGGAAACAGGGGAGGACGGCUUGGUCCACCCCAACUAUGAUUACGGCGACAAGCAGGCAGUGCCCAUAUCCAUCCCCACCUACAAACAUGUUGAGCAGCACUCAGAGAGGUUUGUGGUAUACAACGUGUACAUGUCAGGUAGACAGCUGUGCUCCAAGCGCUACCGGGAGUUUGCCAUCCUGCACCAGAAUCUUAAGAGGGAGUUCUCAACGUACAGCUUCCCCAAACUGCCUGGCAAAUGGCCUUUCUCCCUCUCUGAACAGCAGCUGGAUGCUCGACGCAGGGGUCUGGAGGAAUACUUGGAGAGAGUGUGCUCAGUGCGGGUGAUUGGAGAAAGCGACAUCAUGCAGGAGUUCCUCUCAGAAUCGGAUGAGAACUAUAAUGGUGUGACAGAUGUUGAGCUGCGGAUAGCCUUGCCAGACAAGACCACCAUCUCUGUCAGAAUUCGCAAGAACAGCACUACGGAUCAAGUCUACCAGGCUUUAGUGAUUAAGGUUGGAAUGGACAGUAUCAUGGCCAGCUACUUUGCCCUUUUUGAGGUCAUCAACCAUUCCUUUGUGCGGAAACUGGCACCUAACGAAUUCCCCCACAAGCUGUAUGUGCAGAACUACACAUCGGCAGUGCCAGGAACCUGCCUGGCUCUCCGUAAAUGGCUGUUUAGCCCCCAGGAGGAGGACCUGCUCAGAGACAACCCGCUGGCCCUCCACUACUGCUUCCACCAGGCACUGGAUGAUGUGAAGAAGGGAUUCAUAAAAACAGAGGACAAAUCCUACCAGCUGCAGAAGCUGGCAGAGCAGCGCAAGAUGACCAUGUACCUGAGUCUGCUACGAUCAUGUGAGGGCUACAAUGAGGUGAUGUUCCCACACUGCUCCUGCGACUCCAGGAGGAAGGGUCAUGUGAUCACGGCCAUCAGCAUCCAUCACUUCAAGUUGCAUGCGUGCACUGAGGAUGGCACGCUGGAGAAUCAGGUGAUAGCUUUUGAGUGGGGAGAGAUGCAACGCUGGGACACAGACGAGGAGGGCAUGGCCUUCUGCUUCGAGUACACCAGGGGAGAGAAGAAACCUCGCUGGGUCAAGAUCUUCACCCCAUAUUUUAACUACAUGCAUGAGUGCUUCGAGCGGGUCUUUUGCGAGCUGAAAUGGAGGAAACAGGUCGAAGAAGAGGCAUCUGAUAAAGACAACAAGAACUGCAGUAACAAUGAUUACCUUCCUCCUCUGGAGACACAGCAGAAAGGGUGGCGCCACCUAGGGGGCGAGAUUGCAACCUCCUAAAAACCUCAAGUCACCAUCCGAACAAGAAUCGAUCCGCUCACGCCAUCACAGCCACAGCGCCCAUUGACAAACCCAGAACUGAGUGACUGACUGAGGCACUCCAUGCCCCCAUGACAAACUGGAAGUGACCAAUUUGGGAAAACAACUCGCAUAUAUCAAACCCAGGGAUACACACAGCAGGACAAGCAAUGAAGGAAAAUAAACAAAAGCAAACUUUCAUGUCAUUUACUAGAUGUCCAUAGCAUCUCUACUAUUUUCCUCCAUGUAUUACCCCUCAGAUACGGGGGUGGGACAUUAAAAUGAAAUCUGCGACCCCAGUGGUUAAUAAUGAGAUAUAAAAGUUACAGCAGGUGAUCGGGCAGUGUCCACAGCAGCAAGGCAACACCGUUUGGAACGAUGGGAGCCCCUUGACAAUGCAUCCAGCCAAGGAAAGGUCAUGUGGUGAGGGAGCCGAUAUCCGCGACCGGAUUUUGACAGCCAGUUCAGCGACAUGACUGGAACGGUCGAAACGCUUCAAUGUGCCUCUGGUCUACAGAACUUAAAUGAAAUGCUGGAGAGGAGCAAAUCAGGGAGGGAGAGAAACAGGAAAAAGGAGGAUACACUACAUUCACAGAUAGUAAUAAGGAAAUAAAGCGAAACCCCGCUAUACAGUGAUGCUGGACAUUAACAGAAAGGUUUAUGUUGUUUUGUUUUGUUUUUUGGCUAAAGAGUGAAUUACCUAUGAGGGGGACUGUGUGUUUAAAAAUCAUGGCUUUGUUUAAAAUCUUAAUUAUCUUUACUUAGAGAUUGAUAUAAGAGUUAAUAGAACUUGUUUUCUUGAUCUAUCAGAACUGACUGACUGAAUUGCAUUCAGCAGCUCAAUUUAAUCUCCAUUUUCCCCUCUGUCUCACUAAUCUAACUUACGGUAGUGUAGAAAGAUGUCUGUUGGUACCCACCAGCAGUUUGGACAUUUAUCCCCCUUCUAAGUGUUUUAUUGUGGUGAUUCAGCGAAACUCAGAAGUUGAGAGGAAACUGCAUUCCUUUUGGAGACUUGUCAUUCACCAGCGUCUCGUACAUGAAAAACCCCAUGUGCAAAAAAAAAUGUUAUUUUGGGCAAGCCACUUUUGUCCCUAAAACAUUAAAAGGUUCAAUACAGGCCAUUCGUCCGACAAGAAAUUGAGGACAAGACAUAUUGAUCAUAUAAGGAGCUGCAGUUUUUAGGGCAGACAGCAGAGAGCAGUAGAGACCCCAGUCAGUAUUGCGCUAAGAUGGAGAGCUCUGUUAGCUCUAUGGACAGUGCUCCCCUGGGCUCUGUAACUCAUGCACUUAGUACCACUCCUCCGCAGCUUGUCCAUUAAUGGUGUCAGGAGGACAGAUAGUGUGUGCCGUGUUGAAAGUGGACAGUGUGUUAACUUGUGCAACCGUGACUGCAUAAUACAGAAUAGGUAGCAAUGCAAGUAAGCACCUUCUUCUCUCACUGCACCUCAGUGGUCACAGUAUUAGCUGUACGUCAGUGUGUGUCUCUGGUUGGACGUGUGUGUGCGCGUAAAUGUUUUGAAUGCUCAGUUUGAUUCAGUUGUACUUUUAUCAGUCCCACAAUGGGUAAUUAUACUAGUUAAUUUUAAAUGAUUCUCUCUUCUUUCAUUCUGGCAGUGAUGGAAAAAAGCAUAAUAAAUUAGAUUCAUAUUGAUUUUGAGUUUCAGUAUCUUCAGAUGCACAGUUUUUUUAUGUCUGUACAGUUGGUAUACUUAUUGUGGUAUACUUUUGGUUUCAUUUCAGUAAGUUUUUUUUCCUUUCCAUCACUAAGAUUAUAGUUAUAUUUAUUUGAGUCAACCAUAACAACUUUGGCAUGUGUGUGUGUGUAUAUAUAUUAUAUAUAUGUGUGUGUGUGUAUAUGUGUGUAUCUAUUGUGUUUACUCUCCACAUUACUGAUGGGGUGUUAGACAGGGAAGCGGGUGUGUCGGAUAAACCUGUCAGUGUGAGAGCCAGGGGAUGAAGACAGGGCUCUAUGUUGUAAUGACCAUGAAGAUGGCCUGAGUUAGUGGAGAUAAAUUGGAGACAUUUCCCUUUCCCUAGCAAACACUCACGGCCUCUCGCAUGCUCUCUUGUGUGCACACACACACACCCUUGUCCUUCCUUCCUGCUUUUCUGUACUCAAGUUUCCCCCUGUGGUGGAGGAGGGGGCAUGGAGAUAAUCUACAAAAGUAUAACAGUUCAUAUUUGGUUGUUUGACUUUUUCUCUGAGAAAAGGCCUUGGGUAGUGGGAAGUGCUGCAUACCAUAUUUUGGCUUGGAUGUUGCCUGUGUCAGACACCGUGGUUAACAGAUUUGUGAAAGAACUGCUGAGAACGUGAAGUUGGAGAGCCCACUGGUUAUUCUGACAGCCAAGGUAAUAGCCAAUUUGGAGAUGGAUGGUAUAAGAAUGAGAGGUGUUAGACCAUGAAACCUUUUUUUUUUUUUGUAUCCUAUGUAUUGAGACGGAGAGGUUUUUUUUUCGGAGGGGGGGGGGUAUGGCUAACAUCCCUUCUGCUCUCCCGGUUGUUCUCCCAUCCAUAAUCACGAGAUGUGGUUGCCGUGGCAGCACCAUUUGUACUGAGCAUGCCCGGUCCAGUGUCUGUUCCCUCGUCUUUCCACUUGGCCUAUAAUUAUCCCUGUGUUUGUUUUGCUGGUUCUCAUUUGUUUCUUGUCUCUGUGGUUAGUAACACUGAAUAAGUGCAAGAUGUCCCCAACGUCAUCUUCUGAGCUCACUGUCGUUGUAGUAACUUGCACUCGGCUGUUGACAUGUCAUAUGUGGACUGUUUCAGUCACCGUGGCGGUAUUGGCACAGUGACAGGAGUUGGAUGACAGGGCUGUAUCACAACAUUGUGUUGCUGGUGUGUUUGUUCAGGGUAAACGCCGCUGUCCACCCACGCUUAUUUUGUCGCACUCUGUGUUGUAAUGGACGUUUAUGAGCAAAUGUUUUCAGAAGAGAAUGCAUUUCACAAGGAUCCCCCCAUUUCAGCUUAUUACGUGGCGUUAAAUGAGGCCAGUCAGUCGGCCUUACUUCCGAGAGCAGCUCGACACUGCGAACGCAUUCAUCUCAGCAUCUCCGCUUUCGUGUAGACCUUAGUAUUGGUUGACUUCUUGAACGCACACCCGACUUCAAGGGCAUUAGCGACAGGCUUUCCCAUUUGAGCUGAUGCGUCACACAUGACUAACAUGGACGAUGGCUACAAGUGCUGUUUUGUAAGUGUUAGCCUUUUGUGUAGAUAUAUAUUUCCUUUCUAUUCCAUGCUUGGCAGCGGAGGGCUUUUCCAUGGCAAGUGACACUUACUAAAAAAAAAAAAAACCCUAAGCCUUGUUUGUCUUUGUCUUCAGCAUAACUUGUAAAUUAUUGUUAAAAAAAUUUUUUAUCCUUUGGGUAAGAUGCACUCUUAUUUCUCCCAACUGAAAUUUUUAAUUUAUUUCAGCAGACAUUGUAAAGAUAGGGGAAGUCAUAGUGAAGUGUACUAGAGCGAUCGUGGAGUCAUUCAUUUUGUGCGGUCAGGUUGUGAGGGAGGAUGAGCCAAGUGCUCAUGGAGACGAAGAGAAUCAGUGUCGCAUUUACUCAGCAGUCUAAAUUAACAGCUGAUACAGAACUACGAAAUGGAGAGUUUUAUAUCUGAAAAUUAAAUGAAGGUUUACUAACCAAUGUAAAAAAAAAUGAAAAAAAAAAGGUUUGAAAGUGUCAUGUAGAGUAAUAAAUUGUAACAUUAUUUUAAAUAAAGUUAUAUAUUG